UUCUAUAGAUGCACAGUAGAUGGUUGCAAUAAAAAGUUUACAACAAAAUCAAACUUGAACAAGCAUGUUCUACGGAGACAUCAUCAGAGAAAAUAUGUAUGUGACUUUGAAAAUUGUGGGCAAUCUUUUAAAAAGCACCAGCAGUUAAAAAUACAUCAGUCUCAACACACUGGUGAACCAUUUUUCAAAUGUGGUCAUGAAGAAUGUGGAAAGCGCUUUUCUUCACCCAGCCAUUUAAAACGUCACGAGAAGAUUCACCAAGGUUAUGCAUGCAAAAAAGAGAGUUGUUUGUUUGUUGGAAAAACCUGGUCAGAAUACCUGAAACAUAUGAGACUCAGUCAUGUGGAACCAGUUACCUGUCAAGUGUGUUCCAAAACAUUGACUCGCAAAGAUUAUCUGAAAUGUCACAUGAAAACACAUGCCGUUGAUAGAGAAGUUUUUAAAUGUCCAAAGGAGGGCUGUAAAAGAACAUACACAACCGUGUUCAACCUUCAAAGUCAUAUUCACUCAUUUCAUGAGGCAAAAAAACCUUUCGUGUGUGACCACCCUGGCUGCGGGAAGAUUUUUGCAAUGAAACAAAGCCUCAUAAGGCACAUGGUACUACACGAUCCUAAUAAGAAAAGGUUGGACAAAAAAAAACCACAGCAAAAGCGGAGCCUGGCCUCUCACCUCAGUGGAUAUAUCCCUCCAAAAGUACAGCGAAGAAAUUUAUCUUCAGUGGAAGAAUCUCUACCUGCAUCUGUAGCAAGCUGCAAACAGCAGGCUGCUGAUGGCUGAAAUGCUAUUCGUUGACAACAGUUUUAGAUGUGCCUAACAGUCAUCAUGAGACAUGCUCACAAGAAGUGGCUUUGAGAAGGUGGUCAUUGCCAAGUUUAUAGAAUUGGUACAGAAGGCCAAUCUGUAUUGGUACAGAAACGACAAAAUGACUUGUAUUCUUUUUCCAUUCCAUUUUUAGGAGAAAAAAUGAUCACUGCUUGGUUACAUCUGAGUCCAUAACGUUGCUUCCAUUCUUCUGAAUGUCUUCAUUCUUCUGAAUGUUUUCCGCAAGAUUUAAUUUCUGGAUCUCUUUCUUUGAUAAAUGUCUCAAUAUACAAGUACUCCUUCCUUCUGCAGCAAUAGAGGGCAUGGAGUGAUACGUGGCUUUCUCACGCAUUGUAUCCAAAAUCUUAUCAAAAAAUGUUAACUGAAAAUAAGACGAAUUGGCUUAAU